GACAUCGGUAGCGAGGCACCAGCGCGACGCCGCGCUUCACUGCGGCAUGUUCAGCAGUCAGUCGGUGAUUCUGGUGGCCUCAGCCUGCCGGGCGAGAUUGUGAACGCUGAAACCACUGACCCUGCGUUCCGUUCACGGAGCAGUUCGCCCACCGCCACCCCUGUGUCAGCGGUCUCCAAAGGGGCUACAUCACCGGAAGGACCUGAAGGCGCCGGAUCGAAGGUCGAUGCCACGUGGUACAGCACGUUUCGUGGCAGACGGCCUGCAGAGUUGGAUCUUGAUGAGGCGACCGAAAGCGAGCCAUCGCUUCCGGGAGAGCCCACCUUCUUCCGACGUCGUGCGGUUUCUGAUGAGCUGCCACAGAUCAAACAAAAUAUGGCUGCCUCGACAGAUUUGCCUCGCCGCCACAGCGACGUGUCUUCGGUGUCUUCGGUGUCUUCGAAUGUGGCG